UUCAUGAACCUUGACGAUAUCUAUAAUUGGUAUAUAUAUGCAUUCAAAUUACAGGAUCCUUAGUCAUAGUCAAAAUUAUCCAGGAAAACAUCAAGAAUCCUAACCAAGAACUAUUGCAUCUUAUAAACCACUUGAAGCAAAAGCUUAAUUUCAUAUAGUGAUUAAAGCCACUGCAGAGUACAUCAAAGAGAAAAUGCUAAAUGGAAAUGUAACAUUACAAAUUGAAUACUUUAGGGUGUCAAUAUGAAAGAGUUAGGAGCAUUUACAAUGGAAGUUAAUUCAGAUUAUGUUAAACCACUCUAACAUUCAGGAUUUAAUAUGACUCAAGAUUUGGGAAUUCAAAGAGCAGAAAGAAAACAUGUUCAUUAGAUAAGGUAGAUAAUUAUUAUUAUAGAUUUAGACCAUGUUUUGUUCCUGACAAUUCUUUUAAAUAUUUUUUGGCUCGUUAUCCUGGAAAAGAGGAAAUAACAAAACCAUUGAGUUAACAUUCCAUUUAUCAAAAAGGAUUUGGAAUGAACUUCUGUAAUGCUGGUCCUAUUGCUGCAUCUUGGUAAUGAAUUAUAUUUAUAAUAUUAGUUAUUUAGGUAAGGAUGUUGUAUAAUGUAUACAUAAUUCAUUGAUAAAGGCAAUUCAUGAUUUAACUAGAUUAGGACAUAAUUUAAAUAUAGAUUUUGGAUUCAUCAAAAUCACUGUUUAAAAUAGAGAUCUUAAAUAUAAAUAUGAAUAAUCAUUUAUUAAUCGAUUAAAUUAGACAGAUUAUGAACUCAAAGUAUAUAAAUAUUAAUUAUUAAGAUGCGUUAAUCUGAUUUAGCUACAUCUUAACAUUGGACAACCACUUAUUAAGAGAAAUGGUCUAAGAGCACGUAUAUAUAAUUAAAUAAUAUAAUAGUUUAAAUAAUUUAUUAACACGUCCAAAUGCAGGUUAAGUAUAGGAUAAUUAUGAAAAAUCUAUGGCAUUGAAAAUUAUGUCACUUGAUCUCAAUACAGCUGAAAAAACAGAUUAUAGUAAAAAAUAGAAAGUUCAAUUACCAUCAUUAAAUAAAUGAG